AUGGCGCCAUCGGCCGAGCAGUUUGACCCGGAGGUCGUGUUUAAGGAAGCUCGGGAUGACUUCCUCAACUCACUCCAACCUCUGGAGCGAACCGCAUUUGCCAAGUGUGUGUCAGCAGAAGAGUUGAUCAAGCAAGUGCAACAGAUGCCAGCAUUAGCGGGGAAUCCUUCUCUCUUAAGACGAACAAUAGGCAAAGUGAGACGACUGAGUGAUAUACUAUCGCCCUAUUUCGACACUGUUGGCCUUUUUGUCUCGUCUCACCCUGAAUUCGCCGCAAUUGCUUGGGGCGCCGUCAGGCUUGUGCUACAGCUCGCCUCGAACUUCGACACCUUCUUUGGCAAGCUUACCGACACGCUUGAGCAGAUUGGCAUGGCGCUACCGAAGUAUCGGUUCAUCCUCAAUCUCCUUCAGGCAAAAUACAACAGGCAAGCAUCUCUAUCGGACCGGCAAAGAAGGCUUCAACAGUCCAUGGAUCUAUCAAUUCGUAUCAAGAAGUCUAUAUGUGUACUCUAUAAAGAUAUUCUCCGUUUCAUGUUGGUUGUAGUACGCGUCUUUACCAAAUCAGACGGUUCAUCUAAAUCUUCAAUCCGAGUCGGCUUUGGACUUCUUUGGCAGCCAUACGAUCUCAAGUUUAAGAAUUUCCUGGAACAGCUAGCGACUCACCGCACCUUACUUGAAAGCGAAAUACAAUGCUUCUCAUUGUCCCAGGCAGACGAGAUAGAGGAGGUACUCGCAAAGGAAGCUAUCGCAUCCGCAGCAGAACGUGUGAGAGUUAGGUUGGUUGAAACAGCAAUCGAAGAGUGCCUCACUGCCACAGAGCAGGCUAGCUACGCCACGCUUAAAGAACUCAAAUUCUCAGUAUUGAAGACAUGGCUCAAGGCUCCUUCAUACGCAGACGACCUGGAAAGGGCACUCGAGUUACGUGAAUUAGGCACAGCAGACUGGCUUUUCUCGGAAGAGAUGUUCAGUAGUUGGCAAGACUCUAACAUCAAUCGGAAUGGUCCGGGCUCACCGGGUGAUGGGUGGCUUUGGAUCCAUGGUAAUCCGGGUUGUGGUAAGACGGUGACAGCCGCAUCUGUGAUAGAAUUCGUCAAGAACUAUUCCUUCAAAGACUGUACUUGCUAUUUCUUCUUUCGAGCUGGUGGGCGGGAUUCUGAUCAGCCUGUCAAUGCCCUCAGUUCGAUGCUUACCCAAACUCUGAAGCAUCAUCGCAGCAAUGAAGAUCUUAUUGACAAGUUUCUCUUUGCGAUGGACGAGUUAGGAAGUGGACAGCCCAACGCAUCGGAGAAUGAGCUCUGGGACUUGUUCAAGAUUUGCGCUAAUGCGGGUUUCAUCGAUAAUAUCGUCUUAGAUGCUAUUGAUGAAUGUAUCCAAGGGGAAAAACUUGUUUCAAAGCUCCUCCGGACUCUUGCAUUUCCUUCUACUCUGCUAAUGUCACUGGAAAACUAUCGUUAUGGACGCAGCGGCCCUACACAGAAAGCCAGUCUUAAUAGACUCCACGGUCCUGCUCCAGCGCCGAAAGUAGUGUUGUUCAGCCGACCUCACCUGACUAGCCUUUCGGAGUUGUUCCCUGAUAAACAGCUGGCUAUUAAGCAUCGAACGUCAGGAGAUAUCGAUGUUUUUCUGACACGCAAAAUCAAGAGCUUACGAGACAAGAAGCUCUUGCCAGCAACCAUAGAUGUGCCCCAAACAGUGUUCCGUCUGGCUCACCGAGCAGAUGGUAUGUUUCUAUGGGCUCGCCUCAUGAUCCAAUACAUCUCCUCGCCAGUAUUCAGCCAGAAUAAGCGUCUGAAAGAGAUAGAGCGUAUUGUCAAGCCAGAGAAACUUGAUGAUAUGUACGAUCGCAUUAUCCAGCUUAUAUUGCUUCAAGACCCCGAGUCAAGGAAGUUCGUGCAAUGGAUUCUCAUGUGGCUCGCUUCAUCUAAGCGCGAGCUGUCCGCAAAAGAGCUUUACGAAACGCUGAAAACAAUGGGCGGCCCUGAGGAUGACCCGUCCGAUCUCAUUGAAUACAAUGAAUUUGGCAACGCGAUCGUAACAAUGUGCUCCUCACUCGUCGAGAGAGUAGACGGCCAUAUUGAAGAGUUUGAAACAGAUUCAUCCGAUUUCCAUGUCUCUUACCGCCUAAUACAUUUGUCUGCAAAAGAAUAUCUCAUAUCAUUCUCGUCUGACAGACUCCAGCAGCUGAUGGGAAGCGAAGAGCAGCUGUGUCUCACGAUAUCGCGAAGUUGCCUUUUAUAUCUUUCUAAGCACAUGCCCCGGAACACUGCAAACUCUGAAAAUUCCAGAGUACCACUGUCAGCAGAAAGGGUCGAGCGUGUUUCACCGUUAUAUACUUAUGUCACCGAGUUCUGGAUUCCCCAUCUUCCCACAUCCCUUUUUCACCUAGACCAUAGGAGAGUCAGUUCACUUGGCCAAACGGGUCAAAUAGGAGACCUCUAUUCCAGCUUCUUAUCCACAGCAUCACAAUUUCUUUUUGGCAGGCAGUCACUGUUAUCUUUCAUUGAGGCAUUUUAUAUGCUCAAGCAAAGCACGGGUGACCGCAGACCCCUUAUUGACGAUCUCCAGCAAUGGGCACAGCGAGGUCUCAAGCAGCUGCCGCGCACCUGCUCUGAUGAAGUGCCCGCCAAUUCGGUCUUCGACGGGUUCUUACUGUUAGCUGAUUAUAUAAGAGAGCUGGAGCAUGAGUGGGGAACCGCACUCUCAGAAACUCCUGGUCUGGUCUGGGACGAAGUCUUGUCACACAACCCUUGCCCUUUGAUCCCCACGACCUCUUCCGGUGCUGUCCACAACCUUGCACCAACAGUCGAUGAACGAUAUCGUGAUUUUCUCAGUUCCAAGUGUCUCGUGAAAAUCUCCGAGGUGACUAGUGAUCGCCGCCUGCUUGUUGUACUCAGCAUUUGGCCAUCCGGGGUAUAUAAUUCACUACUUGAAAAUCGAGGAGACGACGCAUACUCAUGCCAGAAGCUACAAGAUUCAUGCUCUGGAUGGGCGGCUUUGUACGAGUUAUACGACAUAUCUAGCACACCCGACCGAAUUUUUAAGCACUGGAUAGCGCUGGACAAGGUUGAAGUAUGGAUUCAGCAUUGCCACAGCCUUUCGGAGCGGCAUGUUCAAUUUCCGGUAGCUAUCAGCCCCUGUGGACAUAAGUUUAGUAUUCUUAGGGACAUUUUUGCAGUAAUUCCGGAGGGGAAUGGCAGGUCAUAUAAGAGAGCUAGGGUUACUAGAACGCGCCUACUGGUAUCAUUCGACAAGUGCGCCAACGACCUCUGGUGCGAGUCGUAUGCCGGCGGCGUAAACUCCAGAACGACAAGGAGAUGGGAAGUCUCCAACUACCUAUAUCACUACUGGGUAGGCUUUAACCAGACUGGAACCAUGAUUUUCUUUACGGAUAGGACCGCUAAGAACCAUGGCCAUCGACAUCUCGCCGUUUUUCACGUUUCGGUUUCGGAUAGGAUUGAGCUAUCUCUCGCCAGCCCAACUAGGACGUACAGCUACUUGGAGGCUGAACCCAUAACUGCGAGCCGACACUGCUUCCACCCACAGCGGACACUCAUCGCAUUUACUGUAGCGGGAUCAGCUCUUGUCUGGGACUACAGUGACGCCAGCGGAAAUAGCGAGCUGGCCCUGUAUCCAUUCCACACUACCAAGGGAUGUCACCGGAGACUCUGGCUGCUACACCAGUCUUGCACGGAAGGAAUCCGGUUCUCCGAAUGCGGCGAUCAAAUUAUCCUCGAAUAUUACGACACCAAGACCGAUUCGUUAUCGGAAUCAUUACGCAAGUCUCGCUGCACACGUUUUAUCAAGGUCCCGCAGCAUAUCCUCGAAGACUGUGACCAGAUCCAAACGGCGGAUCAGUGGAACAAUACGACGUCAAACACCGCCUCAGAUUCUUCACCCGGACCUUUAAGCCUGCGGCUGUUGUCGAACAACACCGCCCGAUCAUCAGAUGCUAUCAUCGACACCCACGGCAACUUGAGCAGCGUCUCUGUCAACACUAGCGACGGCGUGGUGAGCCUAAGCCUCAAUAACCGAACAGACGGCGGUUCUUCCCAAGUAGACGUCGAGCUCACCCGAUUGCCGGACACAUGGCAAGGCCUGGACGAGACGAACGUCAUCGUCCAAGUCCCGGACGCCCACAGCGACAAGAUUCAAAUGACCUUCAACAGAUCAUUGAACCUCCGCUACAGUAUGUCUGGCGACGCGGACUCGUAUUUCCCUGCCGUUGUGGAGCGACCCAUUGACAGUCUGGGAAGAAGCGUGCGGUGCAACACCAACACGGGAAUUGCGCAGAUUGGCGAUUCGUGA